AUGGGUUAUUCAAAUAAUGCAAUGAGUGCAAUGCUUAGAAAAUGCAAAAGUAAAGAGAAUGAGACUCCUGAUAAACGUGAAAACUGCUGUACUCGUGAUCGUGAAAAUAAAAUUAAAAAAAAGGCAUCAGAAACUGCAGAACAAUGUAAAACACGCUUGAAUAGAGAAAAUAAACGAAAGCAAACUGCUGAUAAACGUCUUAAUCGUCAAGAACAAGAAAAGGUUAUGCAAAGGUUUGUAUUUGUCAAUCCCCUUUAUUCCUAUUAA